AUGCAUUGGAAAGGAGUGGCAAAGUUCUGUGCCAAAUAUCUUCAUGAACAAGUUCUCAAGAAUGAAGCCUAUUUGGCUGGCGAUUUGGGUGUUUCUCUUCAGAAAUCUUUUCUGAGCAAGUGCUACAAUAAUUAUGGUCCAAGUGCACACAGGGUAGCAAGGAAGGUGUUGUUCACUUCUAAGUUGCGUAUUCUCAUCAGAGUGGAAAUCUUGAACCAGAACAAUCUACGGAGGAUGGAAUUUGUAGAUUGUUGUAAAACUGUUGAAAUGGAUGAGAUGAUGUGUGCGCAAAGAGGUCAGAGAGAAGUAGCCGUGCUGGAAGGUAAAUCUGAACAAAUUGGUGGUGCAAUAGGAGGUUUAAUACGGUCUCCUAGGGGUGAAGCUAAUGGACAUCUUGCUGACUGGGCCCUGGAGGAAACUGAAUCUGAUUUACAUGAUGAUUAUCGUGGACCGACUUCUGGAAGUACAGCUUGUGUUGCAAUUAUACGAAACAACCAACUUGUUGUUGCAAAUGCAGGUGAUUCGCGUUGUGUAAUAUCUCGAAAAGGUCAGGCAUAUAACUUAUCUAGAGACCACAAGCCUGACCUUGAGGCUGAGAAAGAGAGGAUUAUAAAAGCUGGUGGUUUUGUCCAAUGUGGGCGGGUUAAUGGAAGUCUGAAUUUAGCUAGAGCAAUUGGAGACAUGGAGUUAAAGCGGAACAGAUUGCUCCCUGCUGAGAAGCAAAUUGUGACUGCCAAUCCUGAUAUAAACAAGGCAUGUAGCAUUUGCACUUCAUGUAAUGUUGAGCUUUGCGACGAUGAUGAAUUUCUUAUUUUAGCAUGUGAUGGCAUAUGGGAUUGUAUGUCAAGUCAACAACUAGUAGACUAUGUUCGAGAACAGCUGAAUAAUGAGACUAAGCUUUCUGCAGUAUGUGAAAAAGUAUUUGAUAGGUGUUUGGCGCCAACAUCUGGUGGUGAAGGAUGUGAUAACAUGACCAUGAUAUUGGUCCAGUUCAAGAAACCAAUUGAGUGCAGUUCUUCUGGCAAGGAGCAGCCCCUGCAAGCAUUCCCUGAUCCUCCACAUUUUGACACCGAAGAAGACCCAGAGAUGGAGAUUGUUGAUUAA